UUAUACGCACUUUGAUGACGUGCAGAAGAGGCGUGGCUCAACAUGGGGAAAUUUGGAUUACAGUUUAAAGCCACCUUGGAGAAUAUUACAAACGUUAGGCCGGUGGGAGAUGAUUUCCGAUGGUAUUUAAAGCUGAAGUGUGGAAACUGUGGCGAGGUCUCGGAAAAAUGGCAGUACAUCACCUUACUGGACAGCAUGCCACUGAAAGGAGGACGAGGGAGUGCUAGCAUGGUGCAGAAGUGCAAACUGUGUUCUCGGGAAAACUCCAUAGAUAUCCUGAGGGACACAAUUACACCUUACAAUGCAGAAGAUAGUGAAAGGUACAAGACAAUUGUCCAGUUUGAGUGUCGAGGCCUGGAACCAGUCGAUUUUCAACCUCAGGCUGGUUUUGCCGCUAGCGGAGCAGAAACACCCACCCAAUUCCCUGAAAUCAACCUGCAAGAGAAGGACUGGACUGACUACGAUGAGAAGGCCAGUGAGUCUGUGGGGAUCUAUGAGGUCACACAUCAAUUCAUCAAGUGCUGAAAAAUGAAGAGGGCUGAUUGAAGAACAACUGAUUGAUUACUGGAUGAAGUUUUACAUUGACUGCACCGCACUCUUGUUAGUCAGUGCUAAUUGGUUAAAUGUUUAUUAUGUGUGAGAUGGACAGUAAGUUUGGUUAUACGAUGCUACAAUAAUAAAAUAUGGAAUGAUUGGA